AUGAAGUCCCAGGCUACCAUGAUUUGCUGCAUAGUGUUUUUUCUGGCUACAGAAUGUUCCCACCAUAGACCUAAGAAUCAUAUAAAAGAUAGAGCAAAACCUCAAAACUUUGAAGGGAAACCUGAGACUGGAAGGAUACAAGAGAAAUGUCAUGAACCUUGCCUUUCCUCUACCAACUGCAGCCAACCCUGUGCUAAGCACUUUCGUGGAGAAAUAGGAUUUAUAUGUCAUCAAAAAAAGUGGCAAAAAUCAACUGAAACAUGUACAAGCCUUUCUGUGGAAACACUUUUUAAGGACUCAAAUGUGGCAUUACGUUUUUCUGUAGCAGCACCUUCUAUACCUCUACCCAUUCUAGACUUUCAAGCUCCAGAGCCUGUUAAGAGUGUAGCUCAAAGAAUCUGCAAGAAUUGCCCUCAUGAUUAUGCUUGCAUCAUUGAUGUUGUGAAAUCCUCAGAAACCACAUCUGGAAAUAUUGCAUUUAUAGUGGAGUUAUUGAAAAAUAUUUCUACAGAUUUGUGUGGUGGUGUUACCCGGGAGAAAAUGAAGAGCUACAGUGAAGUGGCCAACCACAUCCUGGACACAGCAGCCAUUUCAAACUGGCCUUUCAUUCCUGACAAAAAUGCCAGCUCCAAUUUGUUGCAGUCAGUGAAUUUGUUUGCGAGCCAACUCCGUAUCCACAAUGAGUCYGAGGACAUCGUGGAUGAACUCUUCAUUCAGAUGAAAGGCUUUCACAUCAAUCACAACACCACAAAGAGAAGUUUCAAUUUCUCCAUGAGCAUGGAUAAUGCAACAGAAAGCAUCUUAGGAAUGGUAGAAAUUCCCAGGCAAGAGCUACAGAAACUGCCACCAGGGAACACUUCCCSAGCCAUUAGCAUAGCUUUUCCAACCUUGGGGGCCAUUCUGAAAGAACCCCACUUGCCAAAUGAGAGUGUUUCCAGACCCAUCAUUGGUCUGGUCCUUUCAGUCAUUUUGCCAGAAACGAUGAAGGAAAUCUUAUUCACCUUUGAAAAAGUCAAUAAAUCCCGAAGUACCAGGGCACAGUGUGUUGGCUGGCACUCCCASAAAAGGAUGUGGGAUAAGAAUCAGUGUAAGAAGAUGGUGGAUACCAUGGACAAAGUGAAAUGYCAUUGUAACUAUACCCAUGUGAUGAUGUCCUUUUCCAUCCUAAUGUCCCCCAAAUCUGUGAGUGACAAAGCCCUGGACUACAUCACUGGCAUUGGACUCAGCAUCUCAAUCCUUAGCUUGGUUCUUUGCCUGAUCAUUGAAGCCACAGUUUGGUCCCGUGUGGUUGUGACAGAGAUAUCAUACAUGCAUCAUGUGUGCAUCGUGAACAUAGCAGUGUCGCUCCUGAUUGCUAAUGUGUGGUUCAUCAUAGGCUCUAACUUUACCGUAAAGUCCCAGGAAGACAACUGGUGUGUCACAGUGACAUUUUUCAGUCACUUUUUCUACCUCUCUCUGUUUUGCUGGAUGCUCUUCAAAGCGCUGCUCAUCAUCUAUGGAAUAUUGGUCAUUUUCCGUAGGAUGAUGAAGUCCCACAUGAUGGUCAUUGGUUUUGCCAUUGGCUACGGGUGCCCGCUGGUUAUUGCUGUCACCACAGUURCUAUCACAGAGCCACAGAAAGGCUAUGUGAGAUGUGAUGCUUGUUGGCUUAACUGGGAUAAUACCAAAGCCCUCUUUGCAUUUGUCAUYCCAGCCUUGGUCAUUGUGGCUGUGAAUCUCCUUGUGGUUUUGGUUGUUGCUAUCAACACUCAGAGGCCCUCUAUUGGCAGUUCCAAGUCUCAGGAUAUGGCCAUAAUUAUGAGGAUCAGCAAAAAUGUGGCCAUCCUCACCCCAUUGCUAGGACUGACCUGGGGUUUUGGAAUAGUCACUCUCAUAGAAGAAACUUCAUUGAUAUUCCAUAUAAUUUUUGCUCUGCUCAAUGCUUUCCAGGGUUUCUUCAUCUUGCUGUUUGGAACCAUUAUGGAUCACAAGAUAAGAGAUGCUUUGAGGAUGAGAAUGUCUUCUCUGAAGGGGAAAUCGAGGGCAGCGGAGAAUGCAUCAUUAAGUCCAACCAAUGGAUCUAAAUUAAUGCAUCGAUGA